ACAAUGGAUCAGCUCACCAUCAGUCUGCUAACAGGCAGUAAACACACAGUGUAGAGACAAAAACACGACGGCAUCAUAACAGCUAUGCGGGGUUUUUGCGCUUCUUCUCUGCACAUGUGAGCUGCUGCUGCUGUGACGGAGCAUCACAGCGUCCAUCAUCACAGGCUGCAGCUCCGCCUCCUGCAUCCAGUUUGGACGCAGCUUCCACCAACCGAGUCCAAGAUGACGACCAGCAGCAGGUACAAGAGCCGCACUCCCCGAUCAGAUGAUGCGGAGGAAAAAGACUAUGUUGGAUUUGCGACACUGCCGAACCAGGUGCACAGAAAGUCGGUGAAAAAGGGGUUUGACUUCACACUCAUGGUGGCAGGUGAGUCUGGCCUGGGUAAAUCCACUCUGGUGAACAGUCUCUUCCUCACUGAUCUGCACAAAGACAGGAAGCUGCUCAACGCUGAGGAGCGCAUCAGUCAGACAGUGGAGAUCACAAAGCACACAGUGGACAUUGAGGAGAAGGGAGUGAAGCUGAAACUGACUAUUGUGGACACUCCAGGUUUUGGAGACGCUGUCAACAACACAGAGUGCUGGCAGCCCGUCACUGACUACAUCAACCUACAGUUUGAGCAGUACUUCAGAGACGAGAGUGGACUCAACAGAAAGAACAUCCAGGACAACAGAGUGCACUGCUGCCUCUACUUCAUCCCUCCGUUUGGACACGGGCUACGUCCAGUCGACAUCGAGUUUAUGAAGGCCCUGCAGGACAAAGUUAAUGUGGUUCCUCUCAUCGCUAAGGCUGACUGCCUUACUCCCCUGGAGAUAAAGAAGCUCAAAGAGCGGCUGAGGGAAGAGAUCGAUAAGUAUGGGAUAAAGAUCUAUCAGUUCCCUGACUGCGACUCAGACGAGGAUGAGGAAUUCAAGCAGCAGGACAGAGAGUUGAAGGAGAGCACUCCGUUUGCAGUGAUUGGCAGCAACACAGUGGUGGAAGCUCGAGGUCAGAGAGUGAGAGGGCGGCUUUACCCCUGGGGCAUCGUAGAGGUGGAGAACCCUUCCCACUGUGACUUUGUAAAACUGAGGACGAUGCUGAUCAGAACCCACAUGCACGACCUGAAAGACAUCACCAGUGACUGUCACUACGAGAACUUCCGGGCUCUGUGCAUCCAGACCAUGACCAGUAAGAUGAAUGCAGAUAAGCGAGUGGAGAGUCCCAUCCCGAUCCUGCCGCUGUCCACACCCGACGUGGAGACAGAGAAGCUUAUCAAAAUGAAAGAUGAUGAACUGAGGAGGAUGCAGCAGAUGCUUCAGAAGAUGCAGCAGCAGAUGCAUGAGCAGGACCUGUGACUGCUGCUACUACACCUGCUUUUACCUUUACGCCUUUUAUUUAUUAUCAGACACAGGCAGGAAUCCCUCAUUGAGGCCAUCCUCAACUGAAGAAAUUUUACCCAGUACUACAAAACUUGUCACAAAGAAAAAGGGUCAUUCCAUGAAGCAUCAAUCAGAGCCUCCCACCAGACCCCUUAGAUUCAGCUGAUCUUUUACGUUCAGGUAACCUUGGUGUACUUAAUGAAACCAUGUAAAAAUUUAGAUUCAUGCUGUAAAUAUUUCAGAGUUGCAGGCUCUUGAAGUUCUUGAACAUGGGCAAAAUUUUUAACUUUUAAAUUUUUGUUAUUUUUUCCUAAACUUUUCAGCCCUCCUAAUUUCAUAAAUACAGGAUAUAGACACAUGAAAACCAAAACCAGUGGUUUUUCUCCAUUUCACAGCCAGAAGUUACAUUUCUGGGUGGGUGUUGAAAUAUGACUACAUGAGAAAACUGUUGAGAAUGAGAUUGUGCUUUAUAUUGUGACAACUGGAGUAGAUGUAAAAUUGAUUUGGUUACAGUUUUUCAGUUCAAAUGUGUUUUUCAUCCCUGAAAAUUUCAUGUGAUAGUAUUCUGUACUUAUGAACUUAUGAGGCUCAGAAAUGAUGGAAACAAUAAUGUGAAUUAAAAAGCUGGCCCUACAAGAAGCUGGCAUGUACUUUAGGGGCCUGUAGCUCUGAAAAUAUACAUCGUAUGAAUACCACAUUUUUCAUUGCAUCACUGAGUAUGCUAAAGCUACUGUGCAUAAAAAUCUGCUGAUUCUAAGGGAGUCAGGCAGGAAUUUUCUUCCACAUUUGGUAGCUUUUUUAUGAAAUGACCCAACAGUAGAACAACAGCAUGCUGUUUUCGAUGUCUUUUUUUAAAUGCAGUCUUUAGCCAAGUGAGUCUUGUUAGGCAAUAGGGAUUAGCUUGCACUUUGUUACCUUUAGCUCACAGUAGAUACUUGAAAUACUCAGUGAGACAAAUACACCAUGUCCCAGAUUCUUUUAGUAGUUUAUGCACUGACUGUGCGAGCGCCUGCUGUUCAUGUGGAACGAUUGAAAAGCUGCUGAUGGUUUGUUUCAGUUUGCAGAUUCUGACUGCAGGGUUUCCCCACCAUUAGAAGAUUUAGCAGUGGUGAAGGUGAAUUAUCACAAAAGAAGUCACAGUAGGGAUGUGUUGAGAUUUAUUUCAGGUAAUAUUCUUAUUUGGUAAAAUAUCUGGAUUGGUUAAGACUGGAGUGCGAUACUUCUACAUAUAAAUUAAUGUCGUUACGUUUAAGCCAGUUCACAGAAUUCUGAGGAGAUAAAGUAGGUACAGCAACAUCCUGGAUUAUUAUUCAUCCCUUAUCUAUACAUGCUUAAUCCUUAUUAGAGUUGCGGAGGGCUGGAGUCUAUCCCAGCUGACUUAGGGUGAAGGCAGGGGACACCUGGACAGGUCACCAGUCUAUCACAGGACUAUACAUAGAGACACACAAUCAUGCCACUGACUCGCAUUCACACCAUUCAAUUUAGAAUUAUCAAUCAACCUCAGCGUGUUUUUGGGCUGUGAGAGGAAGCUGGAGUACCUGGAGAAAAUCCACGCAUGCCAGGGAGAACAUGCAAAAUCCAUGCAGAAAGAUCCCGGAGACACGAACUAGAGAUCUUCUAGCUGCAAGGCGACGGUGCUAACUACUAAGCCAUUGUACAGCCCCAUCCUGGAGUAUGAUGCAGAGAAAUAACUUAGGAAGCAUUCAAGAAUAGCUUCUAAAGCUGAAGAUAAACAAAAAAAAACUUCAGUGGAAGGAUAAUAGUGUGACAAAGAAAGACUGAGCGUCAAAAGCGCAAGACCGUGUCUGUGUAAUUACUCUCACUGCCUGAAGAGGGAGACAAUAAUUAGCCUCUUUUGCCCUGUUCUCUGUCCCUUUGGUACUACUGCAACUUUAGCAAAGAAACAAAAACACUGUUGACAUAAUGUCUAAUUUAUCUCUACAGCACAUUUAAAACAACAAGAGAUGCACAAAAGUGCUGUAUGCCUAAAAUAACAUUCCAUAAAAACACAGUAAUACAUAAUGUAAAUAAAAGAAGGCAAUAAAACAAUAUGAACAAGAAUAGCACUCAGAGAGCGCAGUACUCCGCCAAGGCUGCUCAGUCGUUGUAUGAUUUAUGACAGAUGAAAUCUUUAAACAAUUCGUGGUCCACAGCGGUGGAUUUGUAGUAGGAUCACAAUCGUGUGAUCAUCAGCAGGCAGCUGACAUAGUGUUCACUCACAGAAAUAUUUAACAAAUCCGUGGAUUCAGACUGUAAGUCACAUCACUGCCAAAAUCUAAUCACUUGGUCCUUGUGUCAUUUCUGACCUUCCCUGAAAAUUUCACCCAAAUCUGUUAGUCCAUUUUUGAGUGAUGUUUCACACAGACAAACAGACAGACAAACCAACAUCAAUCGUCACAUAACUCUGCCACGUUCCUUGACGGAGUAAUAAAAAGUUACAGCACAAUAAAAGAUGAAGUCAUGGUGUCAAGGUCUCCUUAAAUUGAACGUCAAUGAGAAGAUUUGGGUCUUUCCAUCUAAACUGGGGGAAAAAAUGGAGUUUGCAAGCUAUGAAAGUUUCAUGGGUCAAUCUACUGUAGUUAUAAAGUUAUGAGGGCUCAAAAACACUGGAAAAAGUAGCGCAAAUUGAUAAGUGUGAAAUUUCGGCUCACCUUGUUUAUUAAGGGCCUGUAACUCUGGAAAGAUACAUAAUCUGAAGAUAAAAUUUUGUUUGACUUCGCUAAAUACACCAGUGUUAUUGUACUUAAUGGAUUUUAAAUGGAAUGAUGAUUCAAAAUGAUUUUAAAUGUAUUUAUAUAACAUAAGAAGUGAUUUAUGUCAGUGUAUCUGGGAUCUUAGAUCAGUCAGCUUAGAACUCCAACAGCUUCCUAUGACCCACAUCUUCCAGUAAACCAGCUGCUCAGAAUCAGCAGAUGCCAUUAGAGCAAAGCAGGACGCCAUCAGUGACUUUUUAAUCUCAGCUCUGCUGCAUGUGUGUGUGAUCCCGCAUACAUUUUCUCUCUGACUAUAUAUGAGGAGUCAGUGUAAGUAAAGCCAUGAUAAAUAAAUGCCCUCUCCAGAUAAUCUCCUCCCUGUACAAAGCCUUUAACAAUGAUGAAGCAAAGCCUUGCAGUGUACAGUCCUAUCCUAGAAACAGAACGCAAAGUCAGCUUUCAGAGUGCAUUUGAUACUUUAAACAACAAUCUCCCUGUUAUUAUUACUGAUGUUAUUAUUUAGGUCAGAAAGAUUGAAAAAUGCACCAUGCUGCAGGUACUGCUUCAUUAUUAUUAUGUUUGUAGAGAAACUCACAAUGAAAGUGAACUCCCAACAACCUAUUUUCUUUAUUACAAUAAUGGUAAUAAUAAAAAUUGUUUGUAUAUGGAGCCCUUUUCAAAAACAGUGUAAAAAUAAAGACUAUCUUUGUUUUCA